AAAGAUUUUUUGGUCCUCGUCUUUUCAUUUGAGUGGCACUGUUAUUAUGUAAGCACAGAAUCAAGCAUGUAAAUUUGCCAAAGAGGGGAAGCUGGCGCGGGAAGAUUUUCGCUGGCAAAUGAAUACACCGUAAGAUUGGGGAGGCUGCCCCGAAGCCCAGAGCUCCCACCGUCCCGGCUUCCCCCUCCAGUCCCUCUCUUCAAUAGCAUAGUCCUUUGUCGAAACUCCGGGCAUAUUGACACUAUCACAAACAUGGCGGUUUGUCCAUCGACCAUCAAUGUCUCGAACAUCCACAACUUUUCAAACACUUGCGCUUCCGCUGGGCAAUACGCUUUCAAACUUCCACUUGAAAUCAAAAAUUGUGGUCGUUUGAAUAUCACAAACUUGGAUCAAAGGAGCCACAUGCCCUCGUCUCUUUCUAUUCAUUCACCUGAUAGAAGACUUGGUUUUAGCAUUCGAUAUAUCGGAUCAGACGCCGUGACGAAGACCACCACCGAGUUGGAUGAGUCCACAUGUGAUAAUGGCUCUCAACCAUUAAUUGAUCGGGAUGGUGGGGAUGGGGGUGGUGCUGGUGACGGUAGUGGGGGGACUGGCGGCGGCGGCGGCGGCGGUAACGGGAAUGAUGGUAGAGAUGAAGAUGAGGAAGAGUUCGGUCCGUUAUUGAAGUUCGUGGAGGUUAUGAAAGUCGCAGAAGCCCGGGGUGUGAAGCUGCCUUCGGAUAUGACGGAGGCAGCGAAGGCAACAGGAGUUCGGGAAAUGUUCCUUCUUCGUUACUUGGAGUUACAGGGUUCGGUUUGGCCGCUGGGUUUUUUGAUGAAGCAUUGUUCAAUGCUUCGAAAGAGAAUGCUAGCCGAUCCUUCUUUCCUGUUUAAAGUUGGAACAGAGAUUGCUAUAGAUUCUUGUUGUGCAACGUUUGCAGAAGUUCAGAAAAGAGGCAAGGAUUUUUGGGCAGAAUUUGAGUUGUAUGCGGCCGAUCUUCUGGUUGGUGUGGUUGUUGACAUUGCUUUAGUUGGCAUGUUAGCACCUUAUGCUCGGCUUGGGCAGUCAUCUGUGUCGAGAGGUUUGCUUGGACGCAUUCAACAUGCUUGCGCUGCUCUUCCUAGCAGUGUUUUUGAAGCUGAAAGGCCAGGCUGUAAGUUCUCAGUGAUGCAACGCAUUGCAACAUACUUUAUAAGGUACUACUACAUAUUCAGUAGUAACCAAAGAACUAUUUUAUUUUGUGAGUGUGUUGAUAAUAACGAAAGAGUUUUUUUUUUACUAUAUACUUCAACUAGAAUAUGGGUCUUGUGCUUUGCAAAAGGUGUAUUGUAUGGAUCAGUUGGGUUUGGAUGUGGCCUAAUUGGUCAAGGAAUUGCAAAUACGAUAAUGAAUGCCAAAAGGAGAAUUAAGAAAUCUGAAGAGGACAUACCUGUGCCCCCUCUUGUUGAAAGUGCUGCUCUCUGGGGUGUGUUUCUUGCGGUGUCAUCCAACACUCGAUAUCAGAUUGUGAAUGGAUUGGAAGGCCUUGUUGAAGCUUCUUCCGUGGCGAAGAAGCUCCCACUCGUUGCCAUGAUUUUCACUGUAUGUGUGCGAUUCGGCAACAACAUAUAUGGGGGCAUGCAGUUCGUAGACUGGGCCAAAUUGAGUGGGGUGCAAUGAGCAUGCACGCUUAUUUACUACAAUUCUUGAGCCAAAUGGAGGAUAUAUUCUGGCUCUGUCUCUUCCUAAAGAUUCUUUUGAGUUUUGAACUUGAGUUCCUUUUGUCCGAGUCAGAGGUUGCUCCUCAAAUCCUCCUGCGAAGUCUGCAUAAUAAUCUUUGUUUGGAGCACUGGCCAUCAUUGUUGUCAUUAUUAAUUAGUGUUAGUAUAGGACAUUUCCCUCCUCUAGUAGCAUUCUUUUUUCUACAAUAACAUUUGUUAGCCAACAAAUUGUAUGGUCUCGUUUGCUUUUUAGAAAUGAAUGAAUUGAAAAAUAAAGAUAAAAAUAAAAUGAUAA